CCCUCAUGCCCGUGAUCGUAACGUGCUUGUAACUGCAGAUCCAGUGAAUCUUUUGGUAUAUUCACAUUGCCCCUGAAUCGCUUGCUAUAGCGCACCUAGCUCAUGGCCUGAUGGUAGAACAAACGCUCGUGCGGGUUCAGAUGGCCAUGCCAGUUGUCCGAUGGAUUGGCUAGUGACGGAGGCUGCGGCAUGCGGCAUGCGGCAGAUGUAGGUGCCCUCCAUGCGAAGCUCGUGGAGUCAUAGUGUUGGAAACGUAGGGUAGUCAACAUAAAUAACAGUCUAAUUAUCGAAUUCCCCCCGCCUUAGUUAGCUUUCAAGGUAGUGUGGAGGAGCUCUGCCCCUCAUGCCAAAGUUUUGAUUUCUUUACGCGUGUUUAUUCCAUGACAUUUGUCGAUGCUGUUUUUAAUGUUUGAAACGUGUGUGGGGUCAAUAAAAAAGGGGCUGAUAACCACCACUCAAAAUGUAAAGGGGUAUCACAAGAUUCUGCCGACAGGUCUUUAACAUCCGGGAAUUCAAAUCGAAAGCCUUGUAGAUUAUAUUGGUAGACUUGUGAAGUUUUCGGCUUGUGUUGCUAUAUUAAUAAGUCUCAAAUGUGGUGAUGUGGUUCAUUUUUAGGGUAUUUAAGUUCUGCCCCAUAAGCGGAAGAUCUUCAGUGCUUUAAAAUACGUGACUGUGCGAAUCAAAAUGAAAAUUAUAUUUUUUGGGCUGCUCAUCGCAGUCCUUGUUGUGUACGGUCAUGGAUAUAAUAACAACGAGCCAGCCAAUGUGCCGUCAAAAAUUCCGUCAACAGAUUUGUAUUUGAGUUGCCACGAAUCUUUAAAAAGAAAACUCGAAGUCAGCAUUGAUGAAAAUAAAAUAAAGAUAGAAAAAAUCGAGAAGGAGCUUGAAGAAGGGGCUAAACAAAUAUCGUUCCUUAGAGCUAAUAUGCCUAAUUCGACGCUUAGGAGUGAUUUCCAAAAAUUGUUAGAUAUAUUGGUGCAAGGGUCCGAAAACAAAGAAAAAUUUGUUGCAUUUCUAAAACAAUCGAAUGAGGAAUAUAAAACCAGCAUAAUUGCGAUGUGUAAUUAG